GUUGCCUCGCGCUGCUAGCGCUGCCGCUGCGUAGUCAGUCAUAUUUUUUGUUGUUGUUCAUGAUAAAAUAUUUUUUUAAUAUUUUGAUUACAAAAAAUAAUCAUUCAACUCAGUAUUUAUUUAUAAAUAGUAAACUGCAAAAUCCUGCGCCUAGUAGUUCAAUUAAGAUCUUGAAUAAUCCGUUUGUGCGGCGAGUUUACAUCGCACCGCCAUUUGUAAUAAUCCGGAACCACAUGAAGCAAAUGUAUGUUGGCUGGCGGCGUGUUUCUGGCUUGUCUCCGGAAUUUUGCUAGGCCUUGCUGCACGCGUGGUGACAACUUGGGCGGCAUGAUUUUUCUCCGUUGAGGACAACCGUCAACAAAACCAUGUCGCAGCUGUACGUGCUCUUCGAGCACGCGGCGGGCUACGCGCUCUUCCGCGUCAAGGAGUUCGAAGAGGUCAGCAUGGCGCUGCCCCAGGUGGAGAAGAGCGUCUUGGAUUUGAACAAGUUCAAGUCCCUGGUGCACCUGAUCGCCUUCUUCCCCUUCAGGACCGCCGUAAAUGCGCUGGAGAACAUGAACUGUAUCACCGAGGGUGUUGUGCACAAUGACCUGCAAGUGUUCCUUGAAACAAACAUGCCCAAGGCAACUAAGAAAUGUCGCAUCAUCCUGGGGCUUGCAGACUCCAAGUUGGCAAUGACGGUUCAGGAAUGUCUGGGCCUCUCUUGCCAGCACACCGGAGUGGUGCCCGAGAUCAUACGAGGCUUGCGGUUGCAUUUCUACAAGCUGGUAGGCGGUCUGACAGACCAGUCGUCAUCCAAGGCUCAGCUGGGCCUGGGUCACAGCUACUCCCGCUCCAAGGUGAAGUUCAAUGUGAACCGGAUCGACAACAUGAUCAUUCAGAGCAUUGCCCUGCUCGACCAGCUUGACAAGGACAUCAACACGUUCGCCAUGAGAAUCAGGGAGUGGUACUCUUACCACUUUCCAGAACUGGUGAAGAUUGUGCCAGACAACUACACUUACUCAAAGGCGGCGAUGCAGAUCAAGAACAGAAAGGAGCUCUCCGAGGACAGCCUAGAGGCGCUGGAAGAAGUGGUAAUGGACAGUGCCAAAGCGCAGGCCAUCAUUGACGCUGCCAGAUCGUCCAUGGGGAUGGACAUUUCACCGAUUGACCUGAUUAACAUUGAAAUGUUUGCCUCACGAGUGAUUUCUCUGGCCGACUACCGCAAGGAGCUCAUGGAGUACCUCAAGACCAAGAUGCACGAUAUUGCGCCCAACUUGGCAACCCUCAUUGGCGAGACGGUGGGUGCCAGGCUUAUUUCACACGCAGGGAGCCUGACUAACCUUGCCAAGUACCCGGCAUCAACUGUCCAGAUCCUGGGGGCUGAGAAGGCACUCUUUCGUGCUCUGAAGACAAGAGGGAACACUCCCAAGUAUGGCCUGAUCUUCCACUCAACAUAUAUCGGCCGGGCAGGGACCAAGAACAAAGGCCGAAUUUCCCGUUAUUUGGCUAACAAGUGCUCCUUAGCUUCCAGGAUCGACUGUUUUAGCGACCUGCCGACUACCAUUUUUGGCCAGAGACUGAAGGAACAAGUUGAAGAUCGACUGAAGUUCUACGAGACUGGGGACAUUCCACGCAAGAAUGUGGAUGUCAUGACGGACGCUCUAGCUGAGGUUACUGCAGAGGCAGCCACUCUGAAGAAGAAGAAAAAGAAAGAUAAGAAGCUGAAGCUGAAGAAGGAGCUGGAGGACAGCGCCACUGUAGACACUCCCGCGAAAGAGAAGAAAGGGAAGGUCAAGCGGGAGUUAGAGCAAAGUCUCGAUGCGGACGCUACCCUGGACGAUGAGGAUGCCAAUGCCCCUCCCAAGAAGAAGAAGAAAAAGAAGAAACAUGCCGAGGAAGACAAUUUGCCCGCGUUGAAAAAGCUGAAUGGUGGUGCUGCAGUGUUGGAAAAGCUGAAUGGUGAUGCUGCAGAGGGCGAGGUUGAUGAGGUUGCAGACGCGCCCAAGAAGAAGAAGAAAAAGAAGUCGAAGGGGGAGUGAGUGCCGCGGUGGUUGCUCAAAAAGUAAACAGGUUUUAUCAGC